CAUGAACAACAGCGCCGGAGCCAUGUCCAGCAAGCAAGAGGACAGCGACGGCGCCACCGACAAACUCUCCGACAAACGGGACAUCAAGCCGAUGGUCAAGACCCUCAAUCGCGUCUCUCGCGCAUGCAAUGCUUGCAGGAAACAGAAGAUGCGCUGCGAAGGCGCUGAGAACCCUCCCUGCCGGCGCUGUCGACAUGCCGGGCUCGAGUGCCUGUUCGAAAAGCCAUCGCGCGAAGCAUCGUUGACGGGCGAGGCCGGGCUGGAGCGUAUACGAAGCCUCGAGUCUCAUGUUGCCGACAUACGCGCCUCACAGCAAUCUGUUCAGAGCACCCUUAACGAAAUUCUCGCCCAUCUUCGAGGCGGCGCAACCUACGAGCGCUCGCCAGCCUCCACGUACUCUCAGCCCUACAAUGCCCAAUCCCCUAGCGUGCAGUCUCACCCCACUCCUACCCAGGCUGCACCCUCUCUCAUGGUCGAUACCCAAUCUAUGCCUCCUCCUCAGUCUAUCAGCAGCAAUUACUCACUGCAGUCCAUCGUGAGCCCUACCAACCGGGCUCCAAUGCAAAACCAGGCUUACGGAAGCUCUUCCUUACCCACGGGUUCUUCUCAGGCUGCGAAUGGACAGUCGAAUUGGCAUCAGCCUAUGCCUUCAGAUCAGCAAGGUGUGGUGUACGGCUCUUACAAUAACCACGCGCAAAGCCUUGCGAUGGCUGGCUCUGCAGCGCUCCGCGAUUACGGCGCUGAGGACAGGAGAAAGCCAAUUUCGAACGAGAACAGUGCUCAUUCCUCCGAUAUGGAAGACGAGGAUACUAGCGAGCUCCCCGCGUCUGGUCUCGUGGCGCCCUGGGAGGUUCUACGUGGACUAGCAAGCGUCGCCAUUGAACGAGCUGCCUACGAAAACCUUGGCAGUGCUCCACCAAGUCGACCCAGGACGCCUUCUCCCGACCCCCAUCAGCGUCCAGCGAAACGGCGGAGGACUGUGGUCAAACCACGGAACGCGCCAUCCUUCCCUGACGUCGUCACAAAAGGCAUCAUUUCGGAGGGAGAAGCCAGGGAUUUGUUCAGAAUCUUCUACCACGGAUGCUCGACGUUCCUUUCAGUGUUUGACCCUACGUACGAUACCUACGAUGAUUUGCACGGUCGAUCCCCAUUCGCCGUUGACUGCAUCUGCAUGGUGGCCGCCGGGGUCAGGGACGGCGGAGGCAAGCCAAGCGAAACCUACAAGAAGUGCCUGGAGGAGGUUCAGACGAUCUCUCAAGCUACACUCUUUUCUCCUGUCACGCGUCAGGAAGCCGUUCAGGCAAUGAUCCUGGUGGCAGGUUGGUCAGAAAAUGGCUGGCUGCCUGGCGGCCACGCCGUUCGUAUGGCAUUGGAGCUUUCCAUGCACACGGCAUGGCCUAGGCUACUGAAACGCAUGCAAGCAAACAAGGCCGGUCGAACAGCCGAAGAUCGCGAGCUGGUAGUAGCGGCCCGAACCUGGUUUUGCGCCUAUGUUUUCGAACAUCAAAUAUCUUACGGCACUGGACGACCUGCCAUUUUGAAAGAUGACGAGAGUAUCUGGCAGUGUCGACUGCUACUGCAGCAUCCACUGUCUGUUGAGGACGACAUGCGGCUAGUGUCUUCUGUGGAGCUUAUGGCUGUUCGCGAAAGGGUUCAUAAUAAUCUGUCGCCCUUGGACAGACCCAUCGACGAUAUGACCUUCCAAGUUCUUCGCGACGCUGAUGCGGAGUUUCAGACUUGGUAUGCGAACUGGGAUCGAUCAUUUUCGGAAAAGUAUGAGGAUGCAGCUUUCUAUCGUCAAAGUCUUACGAACCAGCGGAUGCACGCCGAGCUGUUUCACAACGCCAACGCUCUGCGCAACAUCAAUGGUCCCGAAGAUGUCGUGCGUAUGCCUCAGGCGCAGCGGGAACUCGCACUUCGUUCCAUUCGCAUCGCUCGCCAGUCCUUGGAAAUUACCGUCGGUUCUCCGGCAUACAGGGAAGGCAUGAAAUAUGCUGUUCACUAUACGCAUGCAACGGCGACCUUUACCGCCACCCUCUUACUACGCCUUGCUCGCUUGUUCCCGGAGGAGUGCGACAUGGAAGAAGCCAGGGUUCAUGUCGAACGCCUGGCGAAGCUUUUGUCCGAAAUUCCGGCAAAACGUUAUGCCCUCACUCUGAAGUUAAUGCUCAAGCGAUCUAAGCAACGCGCGCAGUCGCACUCCAGAUCUCCGUCGUCCGCCCGGGACUCACGCCGCUCGCUGCCCUCGGCCGUGGAUGCCUCGGCGUCUAUGAUUCGGCAAGGCAAUCAGUCUGACGCAUUUUCGCCCACGUAUACGCAAUUCGCAAGCCCUGAUAUGCAGCACCAACAUGCUCAAGGGCAGCCAGGCAUGCCCACGCCUUAUGCGAAUGAAGCCGUCAACAUAGAUCAGAUAUGGCGCGGGUUCGAAAUGGCCCCAAACGAACAAAUACCUGUCUGGCUCUCGGACCAGAGUCUCGGCGGCAACUCGUUCACGCAACAUGGCAUGAACGCAUUUUUGCUGCCACAGGAUUACCUCCCUCCAACUCCUCAAAUCUGGUGAUCCUCCCACUCCGCUGGAUUCGCUGGAUUCACAAGUACCCCUCCGCCACUAUUGACCGAUCUUCCUCUCAUCCUCCACCCAGUUGGCCAUGUCACGACUCACUUGUAUAUUUCCCAUUGCUCUCACUGCGUUUACGUUGACGAAAGACGUGUUGUACAUUUAUGGUCAAGAGGACAUCUCUGGCCCCUGCUAUUGCUUCCGUGGAUCUUGCACAGUAAUGUAUCUCACUGCUACCGAUACCCCG